AUGGCAGACAGCAAACUAUUACAGCCUCCGGCUCACUCGCGGGUGGCGCCUGUGUCGACGCCCAAGUCCAAGUCGCAAAAAGUGCACUACCCUUUCUGGUUUGGAGGUUCUGCUUCAUGUUUUGCGGCGGCAGUCCGGUUACAAACACGUGCGCCCGAUGCGCCCAAAUCUAUGAUAGGAACAUUCGGCCACAUCGUCAGAAAUAAUGGUGUAACGGGUCUAUACAGUGGUCUCUCGGCUGCUCUCCUGCGCCAGAUCACCUAUUCCACCACCCGCUUCGGUAUCUACGAAGAACUUAAGAACCGCCUCUCCAAGCCCGACCCGACCUCCCCUACAUCUACACCCGUAUCGCCAGGCUUCCUUACUCUAAUUGGCAUUUCCACUGUUUCGGGCUUCAUCGGCGGGUUUGCAGGCAACCCGGCCGACGUGAUGAACGUGCGCAUGCAGUCCGACGCCGCAUUGCCAAUCGAGAAGCGUCGCAACUACCGCAAUGCCUUCCACGGACUGGUGCAAAUGACCAAAACAGAAGGCUUCGGUUCUCUGUUCCGUGGUGUAUGGCCGAACUCCACUCGCGCCGUACUCAUGACCGCCUCCCAGCUGGCUUCAUAUGAUACCUUCAAGAAAAUGUGCAUCGAGAAAGUCGGCAUGAAAGAUAAUCUGGGAACCCAUUUCACGGCCUCCUUCAUGGCUGGAUUCGUCGCAACUACCGUGUGCAGUCCUGUUGACGUUAUCAAGACUCGCAUUAUGACUGCGUCCCCUGCCGAGAGUCGGGGACACAGCAUUGCAGGCUUACUACGGGAUAUUUGUCGCAAAGAGGGUCUGGCUUGGACUUUCCGUGGUUGGGUGCCUAGCUUCAUUCGCCUGGGUCCUCAUACCAUUGCUACUUUUAUUUUCCUGGAGGAGCACAAAAAGCUCUACAGGAAAUUAAAGGGUAUUUAA